UGUUUACAUUCGAUCAGACGAAAACAUUGCUGUGCGUUAUAUUUUGUAAUCUCUGGAUUGGCUUAAUGCCAAACCAAUUCCAGAAAUAAAACACGUAAGGUGGGUCCGAUACAUAUUUAACGAAUUCAAUGUGUACACAACUCGACUAGUUUAUUUGAAAAUGGAUCGCCAAUAUCAUAAUCAAUCUAGCGUUCAUGGAUCCUUUAGAAGUAAAGAUUCAACAUCUACUAAUGACAGUGACCCCAGAGAAAAAAUUAAAGACUGUCUUCGAAAAUUUAUAGCAUUUAUGUUUACGCAAGUGGGUGUGGGUGCUCUCGUGGUGUGCUAUGCCAUUCUCGGUGCCGCUAGCUUCAUGCACAUAGAAAAAGACAGUCCAGACGAGCAAAUGGAAAAGGUUACCAAUUUGCGCCAAAACUGCGUGCAACAGUUGUGGAAUAUAACUAAUAAAUAUAAUGUUUUAAAUUAUACAGCUUGGAUUCAAAAUAGUGACAAAGUUUUGAAAGUUUUCCAAAACAAUGUAACAUCAGCCAUUCGUCUGGGCUACAAUGGAAGGUCAUCUGAAGACAUCUGGUCUUUUCCGGCAGCUCUAAUGUAUUCUCUCUCCGUGUUCACAAUGAUCGGAUACGGCAAUGUGGUGCCAAAAACUGUUUGGGGCAAAAUUGGUACAAUAGCAUAUGCUUGCUUCGGUAUUCCAAUUUAUGUUUUAUAUUUUUGCAAUAUGGGCAAAGUAUUGGCCAAAUCAUUCAAAUGGUUGUACAUCACGGCUCAUGAGUGCAGCAGAAGAGAGGAUCCUCUGCUAGAAGAUGGUGAAGUUCUGCCGGUGAAAAGAAAAGUGACAGUUCCCUCGACAGCAUGCCUCUGGGUUAUUACUUUCUACAUCCUGACUGGCACUAUAAUGUUUGGAGCCUGGGAAAAAUGGAACUACUUGGAUUCCACUUACUUCUGUGUAAUAAGUCUUUGUAAAAUAGGAUUCGGUGAUUUUGUCCCUGGUGCAAAUAUAGCAGAUUCCGCAGAGGGGUCUCACCUAAAGCUUGUUAUCAACUUCAUAUAUGUGCUCCUCGGUAUGGGCUUAGUGGCUAUGUGCUAUAACUUGAUGUGCGAAGAUGUUAGAGUCAAAGUGAGAGAAUUACGGGAGGAUUUGAAGAACUGUCUGGAUGAUAUCACACUGAAAAUAACAGUUUGUAUGAAUGAUACAAAAUACUACCAUCAGAAGCAAACAAGAAAUUUAAAAUAAUAAUCAUAAAAAUACUAUAUUGUAA